CUGUCCAUUUCCAGAACCUUAUUCGGCAGCUCUACCCAAGACAAAGCCCAACGGCGAGAAGAAGUGGGAGUAGAAGAAAGAAUACUAGGAAAACAAGGUGAAUUUCGCAAGGAUCUAGCUGCUCGGAAGAAAGCUCUUGCAGAAAGCCCUUCAACUGCAGAAACUUCUUUUUACGUAUGUCUUGGGCGUGCAAUGAAUAUGGAGAACGAUCUGAAGAAGACUAAAAACGAGGCCAAGAGUACAUUGGAUCGGGUAGACCAGAUGACGGGUCGUUCAUCUAGCGCUCUGUUACGCGACAGAGACGUGUCUGACACUGUGGCUUCGUCGAAGGCUCUCGAACCAUUUACGGAGCGCUGA